AUGUCCCAAUACAUGUACACCAGCUUCGCCCCCGUCCCUCCCAUUCUUUCUCGCACCGAGUCGACUAGGCCAAAGACUGCGACUGCAACCUUGACCCCAAACAACACCACCAAAAGCAAACAACACACGGCGGCGGUUGGUGCUAGUGCUGGUACUCGUGCUGGUGCUGCAACUACGGAUACCACUACUCCUGCAUCUGCCAAUACAACUCUGUCAUCAACAACAUCAACAAAACCCCCCGCCGCCGCACCACCUACCCCGUCUUCUUCGUCCUUCUUCUCAAAGGCCAACCCGGCCGAUUCUUCGCCUAUACCGUCGCGCCAACCAUCAUCAUCAACAACCAAUUCUCACUUUGGUCACCACCACCACCCCGCAACCCGUCUUCAGCAAAUUCGCACUUCGUCAUCGUCCUCGGCCUCCCGCUCCUCGCACGAGACAUCAAUCACACCCACCUCGACAACCCUCUCGACUGCGUCGCCUAUCGACCCGCGCGAUCCCGCUUCGCCAGCGUCUCCAAAGAAGCACAAGCACCAUAGCUCGCUACAAGAGAGCCGCGUUGGUGCCGACCGCACUCCUCGCAUCCGGGCGCCGGCGCGCCUCCGCAAGGAAAGCGGCAGCUUAAGCUCGUACGCGAGACACGCGCUCGCAUCGCCCCCAUCCCACAUCGGCCUCACCGCGAAUGAGCUAAAACAUGUCGCCAUGCUCGUCGACACGGACACAUCGGGCCGUCACCUCACUGCCGGCAAGGCCGGUGCAAUUCCCUUCUCCCGUACCGACAGUCUAUCGUCGGCGGCUCCUUCAACGGCCUCCAUAUCGACCCGCACAAUGACGUCCUCCGACCCCACGACAAACUCCUUCGAUGCCUCCCGCCCGUACUGUCUGCGCAAUGGCCGCACAUAUCUGUCUGACCCGUCACUGGCAUACCCAUUGCCGGUUGACCUGAGCGAGAUCCAUCGCCAGUCACUGCGCACACUGUUGCUCAUUCAAUUAUUUGGAUCGCCCAUCUGCUCCACAGCCUUUGCCAGCAUGCCGCCUGGCCGCGUUCUCGAGGUUGCGUGCGGCUCCGGAUUCUGGAGUCAAUCUUGUCACCGGUAUUUCGCACAACGAGGUCACCCCGAUAUUCACUUCACUGGCAUGGAUAUUGGAUCAAUGGGCCAGAAUGCGGGAGACGUAUCGCGCGAUAUGAAAUGGCGAUUCAUGCAGCACGACCUUCGCAACUUCCCCUGGCCGUUUGCCGAUGGCGAGUUUGACUUGGUCAUGGUCAAGGAUUUGAGUCUGGUAGUGACGUCGCCGCACGCACUACAAAACGCCAUUGAAGAAUACCAUCGCAUUCUGCGCCCGGGUGGCACUUUGGAAUUCUGGGACAGCGACCACCAGAUCCGUAUGUUACGGCCCCACGCAGCGCCACAGUCCGGCGAUACCGAAGACACUGCCACCGUCGCCUCGCUUGGCGCGUAUCCCAUCUCGGCCAAGACCCCUCUGAGCGCGCCGCUGAAUAACUUUCUCGUCGAGUACAACAGCUGGGUCCAUCGCGCCCUAGAGUCCCGCAACCUGAGUCCCGUGCCAUGCACUCUCAUUGGCCCUAUGCUCAUCCAGGAAUCCGAGGAGCUGACCGACAUACAAAGCAAGCGCCUGGCGAUCCCACUUUCUGAAGUGCGCUGGGAGCGUGAGGGCGUCGGCGGCGUCGUGACCAAGGACGGCAAGUCGUUCAUCAACUCGGGCAAGGGCAAAGGCAAAGACAAGCCGGACGAGCAAAAGAAGACGUUGACCGAGGCCCAGGCGGCGCUUCGCCGCACGGCCUUGAUGACCGUCGUACAGCAGAUCCAGAGCCUGGAGCCGAUCUUGCGCGAGGUCAGCGGCAAGAGCCAGGACGAAUGGGACGGCUGGCUAGGCAAGAUGAUGAACGACCUCAUGAGGGAGAAUGGCACGAGCUGGGGCGAGUGUUUGGAAGUCGGUGCCUGGUGGGCACGCAAGAGGGAGCGAUGA